AUGUUCGCUAGUGUCGCCGCCAUCGCCCUGUUUGCUAUCCUGGCCAUCUCUGCCGAUGCCAGUCCCUGGCAGGCUCGCUCCACCUCUCCCAGAGACAAUUCUUUCGGUCGCCGGACCCUCCCUGGAGGCGACUGCCAGUGCCCCGCUGAUCUGAACGGUGAUUCCGGGGUACUCAUCAACUUCUUCUCCGGCUACCAGUGCGCGUACGCGGGGGGCGCUUGCACCUGGAACGACAAUACCGGUGCCCUGCAAAACACCGACCAAACUAACUGCCCUACCAACGCUCCUUGCAGCACCGACACAAGCUGUUCUUGUCCCACCGACAACAACGGUGACACCGGUGACUUGAUCAACCAGUUCACUGAUUACCAGUGUGCCUACCCUAACGGCGCCUGCCUUUGGAAUAUUGAUGGUACACUGCGGAACACCGGGCAGGCCAACUGUCCCUCGAACGCGCCGUGCCAGCAGUCCGGCUCUGACUCUUGAAUACGGUUAGUUAGUAGAUAGUCUUUGGUUCCGGUUCUCUUGGCUCUGUGGUAAUUUUUAGUCAACUAUGGUCCUCUUAGUCAUAUCCGUCGGUAUACCGUGGUACGCUUUGGACACUGCCGUUCUGCCAGUCUAACUUUAUGGUUUUGGCGUCAUCUAGUUUUCUCAGAACACUUGGACUACGAAGCUUAUAUCGUCUACCUUAGUACUCGUACUUGUAGACUAUCUAAACUUCCUCUUAUUGCGACAC